ACACUUAGACCAAUCUUUUCUGAUUUAUCUUCUCUGUUCCCCUCAAUUCCCCACUAUGCAAUUGAAGAGUCAGCUGUCAAGCCAAGUACUCUCUCAAAAUAUGGAGUGCACGGGCUUCCUACAAUCUUAAUUCUGAAUUGUACAAUGCGUGCUCAAUAUCAUGGCCACAGGACCCUUGACUCUUUAAUUAACUUCUAUGGUGGUGUAACUGGUUACAUGACACCACCAGUAGAUGUCAUAUCCCUAAACAAGGUUGGAUGUUCUCGAAACCAGCACAUUUAUAAUACUGGGAGUGAACCAGAAAGUUGCCCAUUCCCCUGGGCAAGGUCUCGUGAGAACUUUCUUCAGCAGGAGACGUACUUGAUGUUGGCAACUGUGUUUGUUCUCCUAAGAUUGCUGUAUACCCUUUUCCCGUAUAUCUGUAGGUUUGCUCAUUUUUCUUACAUGAGAUACAACAUGAGGAUCAUGGUUUGAAAUAGCGGUCCGCUACCGCUAUAGCGGCCGCUAUAUAGCGGUCGCGGUAGGGGCCGCUACCGCUACGGCCCGCUAUUCGUGUGUGAUUUCCAAAUCACGGGAAAAAUCCGCUACGCCGCCCGCUACAGCCCGCUAUUGACAUUUCCGGCAGUACAUCACGAACUGUUUGAUGUGUAAAUGUGUAUAUGUUGUGUGAAUGAUGUGAAAAAAUACAUUAAUGGUGAUGCAUGGAGUGAAACUCAAAAUUAAAUGUUGUGUGAAUGAUGUGAAAAAAUACAUUUAUAUUUUGCGCAAUUGAAAAUAUUUUACGCCGCUGCAACCGUUACAGUCGGCUACAGGCCGCUACAGGCCGCUACCGCGAUGACCGCUACCGCUGCCGCUACGGCUAUUUAAAACCUUUGAUUGAGGAUAAGCUCCUUGUGGGAGCAUCCUCUGCUCUACCUGCACCGAGUAUUCCAAGUAUUUAGUUCAUUGAAGGAACCAUGCAAGCGGAGGAAUUUGCAGGAAGGAGCCUAUGAAUGCUAAGGUAUGGGCCUCAAAGUCUCUAGCUUCUGUUUCAUUUGGCGAGGCCAGCUCAAGUCGGGUUGGACCAGUGAAUUUAACUCACUGAUUAAUUUGGUGCUGGUUCUAUAACUUCUAUUUCUUUUAGAAACACCCUGCUAUUUCCCAUUGGGGUUGGUUUCAUUGCUGAGGGGAGCAACCAUUUUUUUCUACGUUUUAUUAUUUCGUUGUCCAAACAACAUACACGACUCAAUCAUUGUACUAUUGUAGAUUAGUUUUCCUUCUUGUGCCAUUAUUGAAAGAUAAUGUUAACCUAGUGUUGACCUGUUUGUAUAGAAC